GAACUGUUUGGAAGUAAAUUGACUUCCAAUCGGGUGUUGAUGGAUAUGCAGUUCGAUGCCUUACUGGACAAACGAUUUGUCGAACUCUAUGAAAACAAAGACAAUAAAUUCGAUGUGGCCAUAUUGGGUUUCUUCAUGAAUGACUUCAAGUUGGUGGUUGGCGCAAAAUUCAACUGUCCGAUCAUAGUAAGUUGGAUGAACCAGCCUAUGGAGGUAGUUGACGAUCUGAUGGGCAAUCCAACAGAGCUCUCGUAUUUGCCGACAAUGGAGAUUUCCAUGAAAGUUGGAGAAGUCAUGAAUUUUCCAACGCGUGUUCGAAAUUUUUUUCUGACCACCGUUUUAAAAGGAAUUAGAUUGAUGCUAGAUCUAACAACGGAAACACACUAUAAUAAAUCCGUUGCCGCAGAUCCCACUCUACCCUCAUAUGAAUUUAUGAAGAGAAACAUCUCAAUUAUGUUUUGCAACAGCCAUUACAGUGAGGGGCCAAUAAGACCACUCACACCUGCAACGAUUCUCAUUGGUGGCAUACAAAUCAAGGAGAAACCAGAUCCACUCGCCAAAGAUCUUGCAAAAUUGCUUUCUGCCUCGCAGGAACACGGCGCAAUUCUCUUCAGUUUGGGCUCCUACAUUACAGAUUCUCAUGUCAAACCCGAAACUUUACAAAUUAUUUACAAAGUACUUUCCUCGCUCAAACAAAAGGUGAUUUGGAAAUGGGAGAACUUGGCGCAUACACCGGGCAAUGCUUCGAAUAUACUCUACCAAAAAUGGCUGCCACAAGAUGAUAUACUCGCUCACCCUAAUCUCAGACUAUUCAUUACGCAUGCCGGCAAGGGUGGCAUUGCAGAGGCUACAUACCAUGGCGUGCCGAUGGUUGCAUUGCCGCUGUUUGUUGAUCAGCCCGGCAAUGCGCAAAGAAUGGUACAAGCCGGCUAUGGCAUAAAGUUGGACAUAAAGAAACUCACCGAGCGUAUAUUUCGAAAUGCCAUCUCUGAGGUUCUGACAAAUCCCAGCUACGUAAAUAACGUGAAAGCGUUCUCCAGGUAUAUUUGCUCUUAAUUGGCGCACUUUUCAUUAUUUUGAAGUUGCUCCAGCUAGCGUGGAGAUAUGUGAAGAAAUUUAAUUUAUUUGGAUAUGAACAUUCUGAAGUGCAAAAGUC